GUCGCGUUUCGGAGGCGGCAGUGGCCUUCCUGUGGGAGAGUUCCUGCACGUUUUUGUUUGGCCGAGGUUUCACGCCACCAGCUGCUUCAGGAUGUCAUCAUCACAAUUUGCUGCUCGACAUAGGAAGGAUUUAAGUACUGAGAUGAUUAGAACUAAAAUUGCUCAAAGAAAAUCACUGUCUCAGAAAGAAAACAGACACAAGGAAUUCCAGCGAAAUAGACUCUUUGGUUUGAAAGAUGUCAACAUUCCAAUCAUGGAAGGUAGAAGUCUUCUUGAAAUGAGUGAGACUUCUGAAGAGCUUGUUCCCAAAAAGGCCACUAUGAAAUCAAGUUCAACUACUAGCCCUGUGUGUGAUCAACGAAGACAAAUGCUCCAGAAAUUCAAGGAGGAAAAGCAGCUUCAAAAGCUGAAAGAACAGAGAGAGAGAGCGAAAAAAGGAAUCUUUAAAGUGUGUCGUUUUAGACCUGACAUGCCUUAUUUUCUGUCAAACCAGAAGACUCUGAAAGCUGAGCCUCAGAAGGAUGUUCAAUCUUCUGUGCGGAUUACAAGGUCAAAGGCCAGAGAGCAAAUGGAACAGAUUAAGAUUAAUGAUGGAACUAAAGUUCGAGCAACUCUAUCUGCUCCAAGGCAAACUUCUGCAAAGAAAGCGUUGGAUAAAGAGAAACAAGCUCCACGGCCUGUUACCACAGUGGUGAGAAUGACUCGCUCAGCUACAAACAAUUUACAGUCAGCAAAGCAGAUUGUCCAAACAGUCUCCUCUGCAACGAGAAAGACAGUCAUGAGUGCUACUAAUGCAGAAAGAAAAUCAUCCAAUGAAGGAAGAUCUAUGAAAAAGAUAGAAACAAAGCCUGGAGAGGUCAUUUCUUCUAAAGUUGAGAGUGAAGAAAAUACUUCGGAUCCACAAACCAGUGCAACAAAUGGAAUAGAUCUAUCAAAAGUGGAAAACUCGCCAAAGAUAAAUACUCCGAAAAUGAAAGGGAAGAAAUCCUUUGCACCUAAAGAUUUUAUAUUUCAACCACUAAAUGGUCUGAGGACCUAUCAAGUAAACCCUAUGACUCCCCGAAGUGCUGACGCUUUCUUGACACCCAGUUACACAUGGAUGCCUACAGAAACAGAAGUUGAUAAAAUUAAAGAAGAAACAAGAGAAAUUUUUACACAGGAGUGUGAAACUUAUUCUACUGAGACAGUACAUCAAGAUUCAAAUAAAUCACAGUGUCUUUUAGAUUCUCUCACAGUGUGCAAUAAAGAACAUAAAAGUGAAACUCUUAAAAAUUCACAUGGUCACUCAAUAGAAGUCCCGCCCCUUCAAAUAAAUGAAGAACAGAUGUCUCAGCAAGAACACAAUGUGCCAUAUUUCAGAAAUAUUCUCCAGUCAGAACGUGAGAAAUUAAUUACAUACUGCCUUGAGUGGGACAAGAAGCUUCAACUGGAUAUUCCAGAUGAUGUUAAAGAUCUUAUUCAUCUAGCAGUUGGUCAGACAAGACUUCUUAUGAAAGAAAGGUUCAAACAGUUUGAAGGACUGGUGGACAAUUGUGAAUAUAAACUUGGUGAAAAGGAGACAACUUGUACAGAUCUGGAUGGAUUUUGGGAUAUGAUUAAUUUUCAGAUAGUUGAUGUAAAACAAAAAUUCAACAACCUGACCAAACUUGAGCAAAAUGGAUGGCAAAACAACAAGACAAGCAAAAAACUCUUACGGAAGAAGGUUGUCUCAAGUUUAGCAAGUCAACCCAAACAGGACGACAGUGCAAGAAUUGCUGCUAGAAAUCGCCUAGCUGCCAUAAAAAAUGCAAUGAGAGAGAAAAUCAAGCAGGAAGAACGUGCUGGGAUGGCAAACUCUGUAAUGCCAAAGGAAGUGGAUAAAAUAGUGUUUGAUGCUGGGUUUUUCAGAGUGGAAAGUCCUGUUAAAUCAUUCUCAGGGCUUUCUAUCUCUUCUGAACCUCUUUCUCAAAAAAGUCAAACACCGAAUUCUGCCAGCAAAGUUGUGUCUGAAAACAGGACUGGGGUUGAUCUUCCAAGACAAAUGACACCACUAGCAAUUUCUCAUCCAGUACCAUUUUGCAAUGAAAGAGUCACCACUGAAUGCAACCUUGAUUCUCCUCGUCUCAGCUGUGGUAAUCCAUUCACGCCUGUGGAGAAGAGACACCAGAGAAAGUCCAGAUAUGUUUCCUUUGGUGGCAACCUGAUCACCUUCUCGCCUUUGAGGCCCCUCACUGGAGAACAGUCAGAAGAGUCAAAUUAA